AUGGCGCUUGUGGACGACGGCGACUACUACGGACUGUUUGGCGUGACGGCCGAGUCGCCAUCGUCGCUCAUUCUAACCCAGCGGCGCGAACUGACGCGGAUGCUGCAUCCGGACAACUUUGACGAUCCUGCGAUGCAGGCGUCGGCCACGCAGGUGCUCUCACGGAUUAACCUCGCGUACCAGAACGUACUCCGCAACGAGGCCUCACGCGAGAUCUACAACGAGCUCUGUGAGCUGCGGCUGUACUACCCACUGUUCGGGACAAAGCGGCUGCCGUCAAUUCACGCUGCAGCCGUCCGCGACUCGAUGCAGAGUCUUUACUCACGGAUGAAGAGCGCCAACAUGCCGCAGACACUGCUGGCCGAGGCCUUGCUGGUUGUUGACUUGCUCAACAAGUUUAUUCUUGCUUGGAACGAGCACAAGCGGCGGCGGGCCAAGGCCAAGGCCAAGGCCAAGGCCGGGCGGGCCGGGCGGCGGCGGUGAUGGGCAGAACGCGCAGGCUGGACCGGCGUCAUUGGCUCGCGGUGCUGGUGGAGGCGAGCAGUUUCAUGGUGGUGUCGUAGCCGAGAAAGACACCUGCAUGGAGCGGGGCGGCGCGGAUGAGGGCCGGCGCCGUGCCCUUGAAGAACGUGGCGAGGCCUUGCUCGGCCCACAGCGUGCGUGCGCAGUGCACGACCGAGGUGUAGGUACCGGCCGGCGCGCCCUGCAUCCGGGUCUUGAUGACAUCGACCGGUAUGGUAGGGACCCACUGGGCUGAGCCUGCGAGCGCACCGGCGGCAGCAACUGCAACCGGUGCGUACUUGCUCGGCAGCGCGUCGGUGAGGGCCGGUUUGAGCAGCGCGUACGUCGGGUAGUAGAUAGCAUACUGCGGGACUUCACGGGCGAUGGUGGCGCCCAGGCCACGGAAGAGCGCGCUGGGACCGUCGUUUCGCACCACAUGGGCGAUGCCGUGAAAGGCCGACUUGAACGGCGGUGCCCGCGCAUUGCCGGGAUUGUGCCACGCUUGCUGGACCGUCUUGGCAAGCUCGACCGGCCCGCGAACAAACGACUGGACCAGGCCAGCAAAGGCCGCCGCCGGGAUGACAACCUGAGCCAUUGAGCCAGCACGUGUCUCGUCGACCACCUCGUCCAGCCAAGACUUUGCCCACUCGAAAGAACCAAAGGCCACAG